AUGGGAAGAUCGGAACCUCCAUUCAUUUAUGAUCGUCCAGCUACGAACAGCUUCUACGGUCCAACCGAUUUCAACCCCAAGGCUGUGACAGAGGCAAGCCGCCGACCUCCACCACCCAGACCUAUUGUCAAGGGCCCGUUGGUGAACAUCAAUCGCCACCCGGAUACAUGGGGAAGCCCUGAACUAAGCUCAGAAUGGACCCCCAUGAGCUCUCGCACGAAGAACGCAGUCGUGUAUAUCCGACGUGUACAGCUGGUUCUUAGGAUUUUUGCUUUUACUGGAGCUUUGGGAUCUCUCUUUUGCUCCAUCGUGAUGACGAAUGUCGCGACAACCAUAAUUUGGAUUCUCCGAGUCGCGCCCGGUGUCGCAAUUUUACAUACACUUUACGCGAUUUACCACCUUUGCCGAUCUCCUAUCAACCGUCCUCCUGCUUCACAGGCAAGCUACGCAGUGUUUGCUUCAACUCUGGAUGCGGGCUUGGUCCCAUUCUACGUCUUCACGGCGUACAUGGCCCACGGGGAAUGGAUCACCGGAACAUAUCGAUGGGGUAAUCUUUUCAAUGACGCAUCUUUGACUGUAAAGCUCGCCGAGGCUACGUUCAUUUGUGCCGUUGUCAGUGGAGGCUUGCACCUCAUCUCGCUUUCGAUCUCGGUCUUCUUGGCUGUCAUGUUCCACAAGAUCUCCCAGCUACCACCGGACAUGAACCCACUCGAGGACAAUCUCACUGCGCGUCCUCGCAAAACUCGUAAAGAGCUUGAGAUUGAGGAGAAGCAUCUGAGCGCGUCUACCUUCAAUUCCAGCCUCGAAGAUCCGCUCAUCGGUCCGCCCCGCUCGAUGCCUUUCAUGCAUACCCGCGGAGAGUCUUUUGCUAGUGAUCCAAAUCGAGGCUCUGUGGAUGGAGUGAACAUGAAGCGCCAGUCUGUGAUAUCGGUGCAUAGCCAUCGUGUGCCUUACAUGGAGCCGCCUAGCCCGCACAUGUCCUUUCAGCAUCCAGCUAAUCAGUCGUACGAUCUUCUCCCAGAAACCCAUGUUGCUCCAGAAUAUCACCACGUGCCCAUGGGAUCUCCAGAGAUUGUGGAUGCUGCGAUCGGCAAUCGUCGUCUUGCAUCUCGGACUGCAGAGAGAUCGAACUCGGUUAGCCCCGUGUCUGGCAACUGGAUCGUUUACCCCGAAGACACCGAGGAGACAAAUAACGGCGCGGCACCUGAUGUUCGACAAUCUUCUUCUGUCUACAGCCAGCGUACAAUCUCCACCACCACUUCAAAGGGCGUGAAUAAUUUCCGUGACUGGUUCGCUUAUGGCCAGAAAUCUCCGAACGUUGGAAUCGCUAUUCCAGAAGACACACGCGGCGAGUAUUCGUCUCUGGCAACGCGUGAGUACUAUGGAAUCGAAGACGACGAAGACAAGCGGGAGCUCGAUCUCGGUGAUCGGCAAUUCAACAUCUUUCCUGACCCAGAGGAGUAUGACCACGACCGUGACCAGGACGAGGCAACCUCGCGCGAUCUCCCCUUCAACCCACUUAUGCUCAAUCCUCCUACCCCUCAACCGAUUCUGACCAACAGCGUUGAAAACACCGACCCCGUCCGUCGAGACGCAUUGGUGGACUCCUCGGCUGUGCCGAACCAGACCCAGACUCCCUCGACUACGAAUCCUCAGGACUCGCCGAGAUCACCACGCUCCCCGACUGCUCGUGCCAGAUUCUAUGGCAAUCUGAACGAGGAAGGCAAGCCUGGUCUUGACAUGUCCCGACACGUCAGUCACCAAGAGGCGGAGCUUACUCAGAAGCCUACAAAACUGGUGAAGAAGUCGCGCAGUAAGAAAGCAACCGCCUAUCAGUCUUUGAAGAAAGAUGAUAGCGGGGACGAGGGACAAGGCAAAUCCCCCAACCUCACCGAAGGAGACCGCAAGGGACGUGUUGUGAGCAACUCUGGCGCCGACAUUGGCCGACCUGUUAUGGGCAACAGUGGCGGAGCUCCAAUGUCCUCGUACGGAAGCUACAUCGCCGGCCUAGGCGUUGGUCGGCGCCGUGACGUGAGUGGAAAAGUGGCCGAAGAAGGUCGCAGUUUGAAUAUGAUUGAUGAGUCUACGAGCCAAGCCCAGAGCUCCGAUCAGAAACCAGAGUCAGCACGAGCUGCAGGUUGGGCGCGCUUUGCAGGCCUGUAA